UGCUCAAUCUUAUAUUAAAGUCUGCUUCAACGCCGCACAGGUUCGAUCUAAUUUGAUGAGGCUCUUGCUUUGAUUCAUCUAUGCAAUUAUUCUGAUACUUCAAGACCCUGUUGGCUGCUCAAGCCUUGGACUUGGCCAUUGACUCGGGUUUCGUACUAGCCAUUCAAGAUUCUCGAGCGGUUGCAAUUCUUCAACAUGAAAUCGAUUUUCUUGCUCUCGGUCUUGUUGGCGUCGUCGGUGGCGACGCCUCUCGCGGCAAAGCCAGGCAAGGUCAGCUAUGAUGAACACAAAGUGUUUCGCGUGAAGAGCAGGGAAAACUUUGCAGAAAUGCAAAGUAAACUUCACGAGAUGGGCUUGGAUGAGUGGCAUGUUAACAAUAUUGGAGAGCCUUUUGUGGAUGUGAUGGUCGCUCCGGAUCAGAUGGACGAGUUCCUUAGCUUGGGAUAUGAUACGACCGUGUUCGUCGGCAACGUUGCUGAUGCCAUUGCAGAAGAAGAGCAGCCUGGUCGUUACAAUGCAAAGGUCGCUCUCGAUGCCCUUCCUGAUGUCUCGUCGAAUUCCUAUUUCGACAACUAUCACAACUACAACGAUCAUAUUGCAUUUUUGACGGACCUGGCUGCGCAGUUCCCGGAUAAGGCUGAGAUUCUUUCUGCCGGGAAGACGUAUGAGGGACGUGAUAUCACUGCUAUCCAUUUCUGGGGUCAGUCCAAAGGAAAACCAGCUAUCAUCAUGCAGUCAACGGUUCACGCACGGGAAUGGGUGACGACCAUGGUAAAUGAGUAUAUUGCCUACGAUCUCCUCACCAUGUACUCCUCGGAUGCGAAGGUCAAGAGCUGGCUUGACAAAUAUGACUUUUAUGUGUUCCCAUUCUCGAACCCAGACGGUUUCGUGUACAGUCAAACCAACGAGCGCAUGUGGAGGAAAAACCGUAUGCCAGUUUCGUCCUCCUUUUGUCAGGGAAUCGAUAUCAACCGAAACUGGCCAUUCCAGUGGAACGUUCAGAAUGGAGCAUCUACGGACCCUUGCGCUCAAGAUUAUAGAGGUACUGCUGCAAACUCUGCACCUGAGACGAAGGCAUUGGUAUCAUUCGCAACUCAGCUACGUGAUACCACCGGCAUCCAGAUGUACAUGGAUUGGCAUGCAUAUGCCCAACUAUGGAUGACUCCUUUUGGGUAUUCUUGCGAUGUCUUCCCCCAGAACGACUUUCGCUACCAACAACUGAUUGAAGGUGCGACCGCUGCUGUUAAAACCGCAGGCGGACAACAAUACGACGGGGGCCGGAUCUGUCCAAAAAUCUAUCAGGUUUCCGGGGGAAGUGUGGACUACAUGGACGCCGUCGCUAAUACGACAUUCGCAUUCACGGCAGAGUUGAGGGAUACUGGUAACUAUGGGUUUCUUCUGCCAGCUAAUCAAAUUCGUCCCACAGCAAUUGAGUCCUAUGCCGGAAUUCAAUAUUUAUUGGAAAACAUGUAGCUAGGAGAAUCAGUAUCCUCGUCUGGUGAGACACUUGGAGGGCUGGGAACCCGCACGUCUAAACUUCAAUAUAACGGGCGCGAAUAAAGAUACCGACAAGUACCGAAUACAACCUGCCGUAUCGGCUUCGAGAUCGGGCUGCUUGUGGGGAGUGGAGACGAAGAAUUGCCGUUUUCCCAGAGAACUGCGUGCA